AUGAGAGACGAAACCGAUGAAACGCGAGGAAAUGCGUGGGACGUGCUCUCCAAAACUCUUCACACGGAAUUUUGCGGAACCUGUUUCCUUAUCUUAUCGAUAUCUCUUGCGUCGGCUCUUUAUUCGAUUUACGAUCAAGAGAUUAAAAUGUUUGAUAAUGUCAAUGGCUUUAUUGCACAAAUGAAAACAACAUGGGAGAUGAUUAAUGCCAGGGGCAGUUUCCUUCACUUCAAUAACUUUAAAGAAAUUGAAAAGUGGAAUGCAAUGCAAACAAUUGUCCAAAAUCUCCAAAGAAUUUUAAACCAUUCCGGAACGAAGAUUGAAAAAUUGCACCGUGAUGAGUCGCUGUUCGAAUUAAACCAGCAAGCCGCUAAUCAGCUUGACUCCAAGGUUAAAAGAAUUUUGUCUGCAACAUGUUCGCUGCCGACAAAUUCGAUCUCGAAGCAAAUGGUGCGAAGGGAAAUGGAAAUGCACUUCAUUGAAGAUACUGGCCAACUUGAACAAACAGUGAAUUCAUUUAAUGAAACAAUCAAAGGAGGUCAGAGCACAGUCAAUUCUCAAAACCCAGAUUUUCAACAGAAAAUUUUGUAUGUCGCUUAUAAGAUGCCCGCCACAUUGGCCACGGAGGGUAUCGUGGUGAACUACGAUGUCAUUAUUAUCAAAAAAGUCGAAAAAAUCACGAAUGCAAUUUGCACCGAAAUCAAGAUGGAUAAGAUAAAUCUCUGCGAAUCGAAUAUGGCAAGACGCAUCAUUGGCUUCAGAGGUUAUGCGAUGGACUCGACGAAUUUUUGCCACAGAUUAAGGAUUUCAAUCCAAUCGAGAGACUUGCACAGCAAUGAAGCAAUCUUGGUUGUUUGUUCCGAAGAAGUAUUCGGAAAAAUCUCACAACUGACCGAUAAACAAGUUGAAUAG